ACCACCACCACCAUGCUGCCCCCCGCCCUCGGCCUCCUGCUGCUCCUCGCGUGCUUCGGCGCCGCCCGGGGAAACCUCUCCCGCGACGAGAGCCAGCCCACGACGUCAGACGAGACUGUGGUGGCCGGUGGUACAGUGGUGCUCAAGUGCCAGGUGGAGGAUCCUGAUGACUCCUCACUACAGUGGUCCAACCCUGCCCAACAGACCCUCUACUUCGGGGAGAAACGAGCCCUGCGAGAUAACAGGAUCCAGCUGGAGAGGUCCACACCCAACGAGCUGACCAUCAGCAUCAGUGAUGUCGUGCUGUCGGACGAGGGGGAAUACACCUGCUCCAUCUUCACCAUGCCCGUGCGGACUGCAAAGGCCCUGGUCACUGUGCUGGGAAUCCCCCAGAAACCCCAAAUCUUCGGCCAUGAACAGCCAAUUGAUGAGGAGAAGAUAGCCCGGUUGACCUGCCGGUCCUCUGGCAGCAAGCCUGCAGCCCAGCUCCGGUGGAAGAAGGGCAACAAGGAGCUGACAGACGAGGGCACUGAGGUGGUGGAGGACCCCAACGGAAAGACCUUCACCGUGAGCAGUCGGGUGGAGUUCCGCGUCACCAAGGAGGACAACGAAGCCGAGGUGACCUGCACCGUGGACCACGAGUCCCUGCAGAACUCCGAGAGGUCAACCACACAGAAGCUGCAGGUCCACUACAAGCCAACAGCAAAGAUCGAGCCGCAUCCCCAGUACCCACGGGAAGGCGAGAAGCUCCAGCUGCAGUGCGACGGGCAGGGCAACCCCAUCCCCCAGGAGUUCCUGUGGGAGAAGGAGGGCAGUGAUGCACCCCUGCAGCUGAGCUCUGACAGCGUCCUCAUCUUCCCCUUCCUUAACAAGAGCGACAGCGGCACCUAUGUCUGCACAGCCACCAGCUCCAUGGGCAGCGUCGUGGCCAAGUACAACCUCGACGUCAGCGAUUUUUCCCAGCUCCCCACCCCACACGUUCACUUCACUCCAGCCCCUCCGCCAGGCCCUUCCCAGCCCAUCUCUCAUGCUUCCAUGGCCACCGCUUCAUCCUUCACUCCAGCUCCCAUCCAAGAUGCCAGCCCGGUGCCCUCGACCUCCAGCACAUACCAUGCAGUGAUCGGCGGGGUGGUUGCUGUCAUUGUCUUCCUCCUGCUCAGUCUUCUCAUCGUGUUGGGACACUACCUGAUCAGACACAAAGGUAUGUGCAUUAGACACGGGGAGACGGUCAUAUCCAGACAUCGGCAAAACCCAGCAGAGGUGAUGUGUACUUACCUGACCCAUGAGGCCAAGGGGUCGGACGACGCCCCCGACGCCGACACAGCUAUCAUCAAUGCAGAGGGCGGCCAAGCCAGCAGCGAUGACAAGAAGGAGUAUUUCAUCUAGGGGCAUGGGAGAGAGUGAGAAAUGGAGCCAACAGACCCCAAUGGAAAUGGAAACCAGACCACAAACCCCACUCAACCCAACCAAUU